GCAGGUUUUAACUGUAUGCGACGGUGAAUAGAACUUCUUUAAAGUUUCCUCUGAUUUCCAAAAAAAGACCGACAAUCGAGCAAAGAGAAAGUCCAAUCUCAGAGGUCAAAGUUGAGGGCCAUGGCUCGUGGGCAUCAGAAAAUUCAGUCUCAGCAGAAGAAUGCAAAGAAGGCAGCAGAGAAGAAGAAAGGCCAGGCCGCUGACCAGAAGACUGCAGCGAUGGCCGCACUGGUCCACACCUGCCCUGUCUGCCGGACACAGAUGCCCGACCCCAAGACCUUUAAGCAGCACUUUGAGAGCAAACACCCCAAGUCCCCCAUGCCCCCUGAGCUGGUGGAUGUUCAGGCAUGAAGAACUGCUGACUGGACUGAAACCUGAUACACAAUGACCACAGACUAAACAUUGGAUCACUGCGCCUGAAGGAUGUUGAUGACGAUCACUGGGACCCGUCAGUAUUCAUGGUCAACCUGUUGGGAUGGAGGGAUGGGCUGUGUACGAGAAAACAAAGACGGGGGCACGACGUCCACCAGCACCCCCACUUUUAUAUUUAUUAUGUACAACUACCUUGCUAUUCCACAUGGGAGGGGACCUGCCUGCUAACACUGAAUAAAAUGAUCUUGUGACUUAUUAAUGGUAGAUGUGGUGAGUCUGAAAAAAAAUGACCGUGGGAAGGAGGAAAAACUAUUUUUGAACAUGUGGCUAGCUAGUAAUAGAUUUCACAUUUUAGGACCCCAACCUUAUAGAAACCCUUUGCGAUGGCAUUAACCGCCAAAGAUCUCAAAUGCAACCUAAACAAAUGACUUUUCAGAUCUGUGUGCUUGAAUUGAGCGGCUAGAAUACAUUAGUGGCCCAAUAUUUAAUGUUGGAAUCUCGAUUCUGUCAAAUAAGCAUGCAACCACCAGGCAUUGUGAUGCUGUUAAACGUUUUAAUUUAAUGUUUAAAGCUUGCUAAUUCUUGAUGCCACUAACAUUGCCAAAAUAGGCACGCAUAUUUUUGAUAACGUCGUCUGUAAAAGGGUCUAUUUAAUCCCAAUGGAUGUGGCACUGCUGUUGAGUCUAACGCUUUAUUUUCACUUAGAAAUAAGUAGUUCCUGGCCUCAGCUAUCAGUGCACACGCUCUAUAGAAGAUCAACAGUUUCAUGACAAUUGGCCUGUUAAAAUGCAAAAAUCCUAUUGCGUAUUUUUGUUUAUGUAAAGAUGUAGAAUACUAGCGCCUCAAAACUAUUUCUUGUCCAAGACUCGACAGCAUUGCCUCCUCUGCUGCUCCACAGGUGUCCACUCAGGAACACCUCACAACACCUCACGUUAAAGCAAGUCUCGCAGUCUGUCGCUUGUUUCCCUCCCAGAUUAUUCUACGUUCUCCUCCGCUAUGUUUCCCAACACGAUAUUGGCAAUAACACCAUCCAUGUCCCACUUCAGUUAAACCAGGACCAGAUCAGCUCUGUGUCCUUUUCCACUUUCAGUGCUCUUUGUUUGAACUUGUUUGAAGAAACUGUAACCGGCCCAAAUGAUCGAGAGUUAAAGAAAUGUGUUCAUUAACUGCCGAAGUAAUUGAUCCCUGUUUUUGGUUCUUCGUGUAUUCACUAGCACGCAAAAACACAUUUGCUCUCACUACAUUUUCUUUUGGAUUACCCUUUUCAAUAAAUGGAAUACUGUAUAUAAUGUUA